UUAACGUUACAGAUGGGCGAGUGGGAUUUCCUCGGACGACUGCUGGAUAGAGUCCAGUCGCACUCCACAGUAGUGGGAAAAAUCUGGCUCACCGUCCUGUUUGUAUUUCGGAUUCUAGUCCUUGGAGCCGGCGCUGAGAGAGUGUGGGGCGAUGAGCAGUCCGACUUCAUCUGCAACACGGAGCAACCAGGAUGCGAAAACGUCUGCUACGACCGCGCGUUCCCAAUCUCACACGUCCGUUUCUGGGUGCUUCAGAUCAUCUCCGUGUCCACGCCAACUCUGGCCUACCUGGGUCACGUUGUCCACGUCAUACACGUCGAAAAGAAAGUGCGAGAGAUGAUGAAGAAAGAGCUUCAGAAUGAGCAAAUCAAUCUCUUCCUCAAGAAAGGCUACAAAGUUCCUAAGUACAGCAGGGAAAACGGGAAGGUCAACAUCCGUGGACGUCUACUGAGAAGCUACAUUCUGAGUUUGCUUUGUAAGAUACUACUAGAGGUGGGUUUCAUUUUGGGCCAAUACUAUCUUUACGGUUUCACUCUCAGGGCUCAAUAUGUCUGCAGCUAUUUCCCGUGUCCUCACAAGGUGGACUGUUUUUUGUCGAGGCCCACUGAGAAAACAAUCUUCAUUUGGUUUAUGCUGGUGGUGGCUUGCAUUUCAUUGCUCCUAAAUGUGAUUGAGAUCUUAUAUCUUUGCGCUAAGAAGAUCAGCGAGUGUCUCAGCCGCAAAAAGGACUACACCAUCACUCCGGUGACCCCUGUCGUGAGCAAAAAGGACUUUAAAAAUACAGAUCAGGUGAUUCAGAAUUGGAUGAACCGCGAGUUGGAGCUUCAGAGGAGGGAACCUGGCAAUGAGGCGACCAAGAGCUUGGCUUCAGAGGGUCGCAGUGCUGACAUGCAAGAGGUUCAUAUCUGA